UAAACCGCAUGGAGUUUGUGGUAUUUUCAGAUUGGAAUUUUACUUUAGAGCCAAUCAAAUUCGAUGAACUGUAUUGUCUUCUAUUUUUUUUAUUAAUUCUCUCCCGGCAGAGAAAAAAUGAGUUUUAUUUUAAAUUGAGAAUGGCUGUUUGUUUUCUAGUUCUGUUGAUUUCCUUUGCCUAUUGCCUAAUUAUUGGGCUUUCCGCACCUCUGUCACAGUCAAGCAGACUUUUCAGAUUCUUGUCUGAAAAUUUGUCAAAUUACUCCAAUGUCACGUUGCCUACAAAGUACAGCAUAGAUGAGCCGCUCAGAGUGAAAAUCCAGAUUCAAGUCAUCCAGAUAUUGGAAGUUGAUUUGAAGAAACAGCAGCUAGUGGUGAGUUGCUGGCCCACGCAAGAAUGGUAUGACAACUACGUGGGUUGGAACAACACGGAGUUCCAUGAGAUACCCCAGAUGCAACUUCCUCCUGCUCUGGUCUGGAGGCCAGAUCUAGUCGUCAUUAAUACGAUUGAUGGUCAGUUUGAGGUGGCCUUCUACUCGAAUGUGAUCACGAGGUCCAAUGGGCAGAUGCUGUGGGCCCCUCCUGCAUUCUACAGUGUUUACUGCUCUAUGGAUGCGACCUUCUUUCCGUACGAUGAGCAAAGCUGUGAUAUCAAAUUCGCGUCCCUGGCCUACAGCAGCAGUCGGCUGAGACUGGUACCGAAGACAGCCCAUGCCGACUUCUCGGACGACUACUCGCGGAGUUCCGAGUGGGAUGUGAUCUCGUCUUCUCAAAUCACCAACUCGGAGUUUUCGGAAUUUGACAGAAACGAGAAACACGACAUUUUAACCAUGAGGCUGAACAUCAAGCGGAAGCCACUGUUCUACAGCGUCAAUCUUGUCAUGCCGAUCACUCUUGUAUUCGGAAUAUCACUGCUCACUUUCUUCAUACCUUGUCACUGUCACGAGAAAAUAGCACUAGGAACUACAGUUCUUCUAGCUCUCAUUAUGUUGCAGUUAAUUGUGUCUGAAAUAAUACCUGUGAAUUCUCGUAAUCUACCUAUGCUGGCGUUUUAUCUUUUAUUCGCGCAAAUAAUGAUUUUCGUGUCGCUCUUGUUCUCGGUCAUUUCGAUGUCGGUGUUCUACCGUGGACCGAAGACUAUAAAAAUACCGGCCGGGCUGAAAAGAAAGAUUUUCUUCGUGUGGCCUAAGUACUUGUGGCUAGAUUUCUACCCUACACAUUUUACAAUUGACAUCAACAGUGCGUUACAUGGAGUGGCUUCAAUAGUUACAGAUUUCAACAGCCAUGUGAACAAAAGAGGUGAUUUUACCACUGUCGAGUAUGACCAUCUGUGCAAUGAUCAAAAGCAAGAAUGUGAUCAACACUCGACUAUUAUCAGAAAUGGGUCAGUGAAAAUGAAAAGUUCCAAGAAAGACAACGAAGAUAUGCUUUCUUCGGUUGAAGAUGUGAAAAAAUACAAGCAAUCAUUGAGGAAAUUAUGUGGCAACGAUUGGCAACUUGCUGCUGAUGCGAUUGGAUGUGUGAACUAUAUUUGCAAUAGGACCAAAAGAGAUGUUAUGAAACAAGCAGUUGAACUAGAAUGGAAGUUUAUUGCCUUGAUUGUGGACCGGCUCUUGUUUCUCGUGUAUAUCUUCACAAUAUUCUUCACUCUCUCAUCGGUGCUUGCUUGGAGGCUGAUGUUUGCACCGCCCUCGCUAGUAUUUGGAGACUAGAAGAAAAAAAUAAAACAGUGUGAACCAUGAAAAGAUUAAACCUUCAAUGCUAAUUUUUUGUUCAUAAAAUCAUUGAUACUGCUGCUCGUAGUUUUAUCAAUUUAUUAUAUUUUUGUGCGCAAUGUUUUCGAAUUAAAGUGCAGUUAGUUGAUUAGGUUUAUCGUAGCUUCCGACUGUGAAAACAGUGCUUGUAAAACGGAAACGCUUAUUCAAAUUUAAAUGAACUACGUGA